UUUUGGCCCCUUCGGCUUCAUACUUUAAUCCCAUAUUCCCCAUGUAGAGUAGCAGCUAUAUCCAUUAGCCCCCCUCUCCUCUCCUCUCCCUCCACCAGCUCGGUGGUUGCUCUCUCGCAACUUCGCUCAACUUCCAGUGGCAAUAGCGGAGGCAGCGGCAGCCCGCGAUCGAUCCUUGCCGGGUCCGCGGGUGGGAUCGAGGAUGUCGGAUCAGAUGGAUUCCGGCAUAAAGCUCUUCGGGCGGGUGAUCCCGUUGGUUCCUGACGCUGCGCCCGGGCCGCCGGAAGCGGAGGCGACGGCCGGCUCCGAACACCCACCGCCGCCGCCGCCGGCGUCGGAGGCCGAGCCAGAGGCUGAUAAUAAUAAGGAACAACACAAAGAAAUGGAAGACAAAGGUGAUAGCGAAAUGAAGGUGGAUGCGCCAGAAGAGAAAGAAGAUAGUGCAACGAAGGGUGAUGAACCAAGAGAGAGAAAAGACAACGAAAUGGAGGUUGAUGCACCACAAGCCAAAGAAAAUGCAGAAACAGCCAGUUCGUCUACCUUGGACCACAAGAAAGAUGACCAGGCCCAGAUAAGCAAUACUGAAGAGAAAGCAGCGUCAGACCCUAAGGAGGGGAAUGAGAAGAAAUCAAAUGACGAAUCAGGCCAGGAUAAGGUGCUCAAGAAGCCAGAUAAGAUUAUACCUUGCCCUCGGUGCAACAGCAUGGAUACAAAGUUCUGUUAUUACAACAACUACAAUGUUAAUCAGCCUAGGCACUUCUGUAAGAAUUGCCAAAGGUAUUGGACUGCAGGGGGGAGUAUGAGGAAUGUACCUGUUGGUGCUGGGAGGCGCAAAAGCAAGAAUUCAGCGCUGCACUACCGUCAGUUGUUGAUGGCCCCUGAUUGUCUACUGGGGUCUAGAGUAGACAUCUCUAACACAGUGAACCCAGAAGUCCUUGCAUCUCUACCUUCCAUCCCGACACAAUCAGCCAGUAGAAGUGAAACAGUUCUCAAGUUUGGGCCUGAGGUGCCACUUUGUGAAUCGAUGGUAUCGGUGCUGAACAUUGAAGAGCAGAAUGUGACCAAUGCUGGAUCUGUACCAAGAGAUGAAACCAGGGAAGAUAACUCGUGCGCAUCGUCUACCACAUCAAACAAUGGGUUACCUGCAAACGCAGUCCUGCCUGGUCAGAACGGAGCGCCUGCUUACUGUAAUGGGGUUGGUCCGGUGCCUCAGUAUUACCUUGGAGCUCCUUUCAUGUACCCAUGGAGCAUGGGGUGGAACAACCUUCCUGUAAUGGUGCCGGGUGGAAGUAUGCCAGAAUCUGCUUCUCCAUCAGAAAGCUGUAGCACAAGUUCGGCGCCAUGGAUGAACUCUCCCAUGAUGCCAGGCUCAAGACUUCCCGCACCCCCAUUUCCAUAUCCUCUUGUUCCGCCUGCCCUCUGGGGUUGCUUACCAAGCUGGCCAGCCGCGGCAUGGAACACACCAUGGGUCGGGACCAACGGGUGCAUAUCGCCGUCUGGGUCAAGCAACAGCAGCUGUUCAGGCAAUGGGUCUCCUACUCUGGGGAAGCAUUCCAGGGACCCCAAUCCACAGAAAGAUGACAAGGAAGAGAAAUCACUGUGGGUUCCCAAGACGCUCCGCAUCGAUGACCCCGACGAGGCAGCGAAGAGUUCCAUAUGGGCAACUCUUGGCAUCAAACCUGGAGACCCUGGCGUCUUCAAGCCUUUCCAGUUCAAGGGUGAGAGCAAGGGCCAGCCAGCAGAUGCACGCCCUGCCCGUGCUUUACAGGCGAACCCCGCAGCGUUUUCUCGGUUGCAGUCAUUCCAGGAGAGCUCUUAAACUGAUGGCUGUUGCCUAUCUAAUACAUUUUGGCAACACAGCUUGUCCUGUAGUAAAAUUUGUACAUAAUAGUAUAGCUUUGCGAUAUGGGAAAAGACCCAAGGAGAGCUUUUUGAAUAGCCACUAACCUGCAGUGGAGCUUGCAAAGAGCUUUCAUGAGAACGAACUUGAGAGGUUUGUACUGUAAAUAUUUGACAAACUGGUUAUCUAUAACAAUGUAAUUAGGUUAAGUCAGGAGUACAAUCACCUGGUUUGCCACUCCUAUUAUUUCGGUGCGGGCUGUAACAAUUUAACAUUGCUACUGAUGAAGACUAUUUAUAGUACUAUCAAUAAACAGUUUGAGAUGUCGAGCGCA